GUUUGUGUCAACGAAGCCAAGAGCUGGGGCCAAAUGGUGCGAUGUCUGGCCUGGAGCUAUUCAUGGAUGGUGGGGCCACGGUGGCCGGACUCCUCAGCGCCGGAGCGGCCAUGCUGGGCUACCAGCAACAGAAAGAGGACGAUUCCGAGUUGGCAUGCUCAGAGGAGGAGUUUUCGCUCCUGCGCAAAAACUUGGCAGAGGCCUACACCUCGCUGUGCGCCGCGCAUUCCGCCAUAACCUCGGCUUGGGGGCAGCCUCUGUCCCUCUUCAAGCGCGCAGCGCGCGACGCGGAGGAAGAGGCGGCGGAUGAAGCGGAGCCGGAGGUGGCGCUGGAGGUGGUGGAAGGCGCCAAGCGCCUGGUGGAGCGCGCAGCGGCGCUGGAGGACCUGGCGGACGUCUACGACGCCCAGCUGCAGCUGGCCACCGGCGCCGGCGCCGGCGCCGGCGCCACCCGCUGCGUGCGGCGGGGCCCGGUGCAGGCGCUGGAGGCGGAGCUGGAGGAGCUGAGCCUGAAGCUGUCCGGGCGGAUUGCGGCGCUGGUGCGCGCCAAAGAGGCGCUGGAGACGAACCAGCCCCUGGCGGAAGUCGAGGCAUUUGAAGAUGCGGGCUGUGAUCCGGAGGACUUCCCGCUUGCCAUUCUGCAAGAGCGCCAGCUUCUAGGCGAGCUCUGGCGGGUGGGCGCCGGGCGUAUGGAGGUCCUCGCGCGCGUCAUCGCGCGCCGCAGCGGGCAGACACCGCCGGCGGCGAAGGAGGGUGAGGAAUCUCCGAACUACUCCUCCUACGUCCAUGACUACUUGUGACGUGCUGGGCUUUCGCCACUUUGUGGCGUAGGCUUGUCGCAUUUGUACAUAGAGCAACG